UAGCCGAUUAAUAUUUUGGCUAUAUAAAUUUUGUAGUUUUGUUACAAACAUCAUGCUGAAGUAAACUCUUAACUCAAUGUUACUUUGGUUCUGUGCAAGACAACAGCACUCAACUUGGUUCGGGUAGCGAACCCUGGCGAAGUUCAAAAAACGUUUCGUUUCGUUAGUUGUUUUCAAUGGCGACAGCGCCCAAGCGCAAGGCUGACCCAACGGCGCCAGUUGCUCAAACUUCAUCGCAAGAGCUCGUUACCGAGAGUUCGGGUCGACGCCAGGAUCAGAAAGUCUAUACAUUCAACAACGAGAAGGGUGCGGCCAAGGGUGCCGCUGCGCCCAUCAAAGAUGAUAAGGGAAAACCACAGAAGACCAUACUUGAGGAGCAUGGCAUUAUACUGGGCAAGGUCAUUGGCACGGGCAACUAUGCCAAGGUGAAAAUCGGUUUCUCCGAGGAGUACGGCAAGCGUGUGGCCGUCAAAAUUAUAUCCAAAGUCAAAGCGCCCGCCGAGUAUACGCAAAAGUUUCUGCCGCGUGAAAUUGAAGCCGUUAAGGGAUUGCAUCAUGAUAAUCUGAUUACGUUCUAUCAGAGCAUUGAGACCAGUCAUCGCGUCUAUUUGAUAAUGCAGCUG